GCCCAGGAUUCGAACUGGCAAAACCCUGGGCCACCGAAGCAGAACGCGCGAACUUAAGCACUCAGCCACAGUGCUGGCCCCCUGUUACCCAGAUUUUAGUCAUAUAAAAUCAUUCAUUUAUGCCUUAAUUACUUUUGGCUUAAUACCAAGCUUAAGCCCUUUCUUCAUAGGAAAUUAUCUUAGGUUUUCUUUCUUUUAAUACUCUUUCUUUGGAAAGGUACCCAGCUAAAAUAAAUGUGAAAUGUCAUCUGUGUCCUAUAUUUUUUUGUUGUGAAAACGACCUCUCAUUGUUGAACUGUGUCUGGACUGGAAGAACUCUGAGUAGACAUGUAUUCUUUGAAGGCCUGCUUGACCAGAACUGUAUAAAACCCUGUUGGAAACCAGAGGCUCCUGCUUCCCUCUGUAGAGACUCUUAUAACUAAGCUUGUCCUUGUUGAAAUUUGGAAACUGCCCAGGGGCUGUAAAAGGACAUGGUUCUUUUAGGCUUCCUUCUGCUGGUGUGGCCUGUACCCACCCAGGUUGUCUCUUCUCUUACAACUGAGUGCAUCCCUUUUGGGGGCUAGAGAAAUCAGGGUCAGGACUAGUUUAGGAUUCUCAAGAGAAAGGUGCUUUAGAUCUUUACAAAACAUUUUUUUUCCAGAGAAUGUGACAUAAGAUAUAAAUUCACUGCUAUUUGAUAGUAAAUCAUAGCUUCCACAGGGAUGUUGACUAAUAGCUUUCUACUAGGUUUAUUUGAUAAAAACAACUGCCCUAAUAAAAGAAUUUUAUCUGGUUCCAUUGUGGUAAAGGAUAUCCUUUCUUGGUUACAAGUUCCUCAUGUAGGUAAACACACUGGGCCUCCUGUUUAUGAGCAAAUUAAGCAAUGAAGUUAUCACAUAGCUGUCAUUUAUAUUGUGUGCUUAGUAUGUGCCAGGCAGUAUUCUAAGCAUUUAACUAAUUUAAUCCUCACAACAGCUCUGUCAUAAGUUAGCUUUACUAUUCCUAGCUCAUUUUGUAGAUAAGGAAGAGACAUAGUAAGUGGUUAUAGUGAGAGAUUUUCAAAGCUUUUUAUCAAGGAAGGAAAUUUACAAGACAGUAGCUUUAUUACAAGGAGAAACAGCUCCGAGAAAACUGAUUGUGUUUUGUACGUAGCUCUGUAUUUCUCAAGUAGAUAGGUAUAGUCAGUUUGGGCAUUUUAUGCUCACAAAUCAUAGGCCCUAGAGGAACCCAGAGAACAUGUGAAUCUAUCAGGUUUGAGUAAUAGAUUCAGAAAAAUUGUAAAACUCAGUGAAUUGUAUGUGAAACGUAGUAUUUUUAAGUGAACUGCUUGUUAAAGGCAAGGAGAGUGUGUUAGUAAAGAGCUUAGCUGGCUAGAUUAAAGAAAUUGUCUCUCCCCAUCUGUUCUAAUUAGCUUAUCUCUCCUGCUUUCAUAGCAUGCUGGUUAUUUCAGAAGGGAAGUGAGAGGUACUUUGAAAGGACACCAUUUUUAAUUUAAGCUAAUUUAUAAUAGUUUUAGAAUGGUUGUCAAUUCUCAAACAUAACCUUUUAAAUGUUAGACCUUUCCUGUAAGAAUUUGUUGUUGGAAGUUUCAAGGCUUUUGGUGCUCAGUUAAGGAUUUCGGCCUUUCCUCGUUCCUUUGAUUUUGGCCUAUAUGAUUAUGUUUCCUCAUUUUGGGAAGAUUUCUCUGGGUAUUUUGAUAUUUGUCCUGAUAGAAGGAAACCUUCCAUCGUUAACAGGUAUUUAAAAAUCUACAUUUUUAUCUUUCUUUGUAAUAUAAUCUCUAAAAAUAGCAUUAUUUGAUAUGACUGCUGUAAGAAAUUGACUCAAAUACUACUGUAUUAAUCUUUGAUAUUACUUCAUUUAAACUGUUUUAAAAUCUCUUUCAAUAAUUUUGGUUUUCCUCUUUUUGGUAAUUCCUGGUUCAAAACUUACUUCCUCUUAUUUCUUGUGCUGAAAUUGGAUAUACACUUGAUUUCAAUAGCUAACAGUCUUGAAAUAAAGGAGUAGGAAUUAAAUGGAGAAAAGAUUGAAUGCUUCACUCCUCCUCUCCUUAGGCAUGCAUGUCCAUAAUCUGAGCAUUGACUUCAAAAUCCAAAUGGCACAAAUGUCAGUUUUGCUUUAUUACCUUUCAUACUGUACCUUAAUUCACCAUCAGAAGCCUUGUUUAUGCUUUCACUCUGUAGCACAAACCUACUUACCUUUAGAAGAGAUCCAAGAACCUGAGAGUGCAGUUUCUUUCCUCCUGACCAACUCAGCAUCCACAGACCCUUCUCUGUCUACUGCAAAGAGAGGACCUCUGGACCACGGGGAAGCUGAGAGACGGUGGUUGCUCAGAAGAAGGCGAUCUCUCUUUCCUAAUGGUGUAAAAACCUGCCCAGAUGAAAGUGUUUCAGAGGCUGUGGCAAACCAUGUGAAAUAUUUUAAAGUCCGAGUGUGCCAGGAAGCUGUGUGGGAAGCCUUCCGGACUUUUUGGGAUCGACUUCCUGGGCGUGAAGAAUAUCGUUACUGGAUGAAUUUGUGUGAGGAUGGAGUCACAACGAUACUUGAAAUGGCCACAAAUUUUAGCGAGUCUGUGGAACAUAGGAGCCUCAUUAUGAAGAAACUGACGUACACAAAGGAACCUGUAAGCAGUUCCUGCAAUGACCAGGCCUGUGGCCUUGAAUUGUCAUCUCCGGUUCCUGUUGGUGAUACCUCAACAUUGGGAGGCGCUGUUCUCAGUGUUCCGUACCCAGAGAUGACCUCCUAUGAAGGUGCCUGGGAGAGCAGCUUGGAGAGGCCAGAGGAGAGUAUUAGUAAUGAAAUUGAGAAUGUGAUAGAAGAACCCACAAAAGCAGCAGCUGAGCAGAUUGCAGAGUUCAGUGUCCACCUCACAGGGGAGCAAUACAAGGAGGAACUACAGGAUCCCUCCAGCUUCUACCACCAGCAUCUUGUAGAAGAGUUUAUUUCAGAGGUUGAAAAUGCAUUUUCUGGGUUACCGGGCUACAAGGGCAUUCGUGUACUUGACUUCAGGUCCCCCAAGGAUAAUGGCAGCGGCAUAGAUGUUCACUAUGCAGUUACCUUCAAUGGUGAGGCCAUUAGCAAUACCACCUGGGACCUAAUUAGCCUUCACUCCAACAAGGUGGAAAACCAUGGCCUUGUAGAAUUGGACGAUAAGCCCACUGCUGUUUAUACAAUUAGUAACUUCAGAGAUUAUAUUGCUGAGACACUGCACCAGAAUUUCUUGCUGGGGAACUCCUCUUUGAAUCCAGAUCCUGACUCCCUUCAGCUUAUCAAUGUAAGAGGGGUUUUACUUCCCCAAACUGAAGACCUAGUUUGGAACACCCAACGUUCAAGUCUUCAGGCAACCCCACCGUCUAUUCUGGAUAAUACCCUUCAAGCUGAAUGGCUCUCAGCAGAUGAAUCCACCACCAGGAGUGUUUCACCACUUGAUUUCAGCUCUGGUCCUCCCUCAGCCACUGGCAGGGAACGCUGGUCAGAAAGCCCUGGGGGUGAUCUAAUGUCUACACCCAAAUUAGCCUUUUCCUCAAAGGUGGGCCUCAGUUCUUCUGUAGGGGUGUUAGAGGUGAGCAGCUUGACUCUUGAUUCUGUCACCACAGCAGCGCUUCAGACUGGCUUGCCUGUGGCUUCUGAGGAAAGGACUUCUGGAUCUUACUUAUUAGGAGAUGGUUUAACUGAAGUUGAAGAGUUGGAAGAUUUUCUUUCUAUUGAUCCAUUGCCUUCAGGUUCUUUCACUCAUCCUGUGCCAAAAGAAACAGUACCAUCCAUGGAAGACUCUGGGGUGUCCUUGACAUCCUCACCGUAUCAGGUCUCCUCUGUCACAUUAGAUCUUCUUGAUAAAGAAAUAACUACACCUUUUGGCUUGGACUCUUUGACUUCCAAAGUCAAAGGCCAAUUGGAAGUGAGCACUUUGAUGCCAGACAUAUCCAUGGACAAAGAGUUCAUAUUUGAGAGUGGUUUAGGGUCAGGGUCUGGGCAAAAGGUGAAUCUGAUUACUUGGCCAUGGAGUGAGACUUCACCAGAGAAGAGCACUGAACCACUGUCCAAGUCAUGGCUUGAAGAUGGGGAUUCACUUCUUCCAACUGAGGAUGUAGAUGAGAGACUAGGUAUAGAUGACAAAAUAGAUUCCACACACCAAAGUAUUGAACAUUCAGAAUAUGGGGAUUUUGAUAGAUCCCCAAGCUUUGUGGAGGAAGAGCCUCUUGGUGGACCUGCUGUGCCUAUCUUUGCAGCAGAGACCACCACUCAAUCUGCAUCUCUAAUUCUCUCCAAGCACACAUCAGAGAUAUCUGAUGUUGAUCAUUACUCAAUUACCAAAGCACCUCCUCCUCUGACAUCUACAGCAAUCUCUGCUUCUACUGAUAAGCCAGAUCAAGUAGAACCCUUUCUAAAGGAGGAUAUGGAACAAACUACAGAAUCAUCCAACAGUGAAUGGUUUGACAGCAAGGUUUCAGUAGUGAAGCCAAGUAUGCAACCUUUGUGGACCACAUUGCCAGAAUCAGAAGUAGUUUGGGCAAAAACUUCUUCCCCAGAGAAGUUGUCCAGAGACACAUUGGCAGGCACACCACAGAGUACUGACAAGCUCUGGUUGAAAGCUUCCGUGACACAGUCUGCCAAAUUGCCUCCAACCACAAGCUCCACCCUCCUGGAGGAUGAAGUAAUCAUGGGCGUACAGGAUAUCUCACUAGAACUGGACCACAUGGGCACAGGUUACUAUCAGCCUGAGCUAAUCCCAGAGGAAAAUGGCAAGGCUGGUAGUUACAUGGAAAUGUCUACAAAUGUUCACUCCACAGAGUUGGCUAUUGUGGCUUGGCCCACAAAAGGAGGUGACUUGAGUCAUAACCAGACCACAGGAGCUUUGGUGGUUUUCUUCAGCCUCCGAGUGACUAACAUGAUGUUUUCAGAAGACCUGUUUAAUAAAAACUCCUUGGAGUACAAAGCCCUGGAGCAAAGGUUCUUAGAAUUGCUGGUUCCCUAUCUCCAGUCAAAUCUCACAGGCUUCCAGAACUUAGAAAUCCUGAACUUCAGAAAUGGCAGUGUUGUGGUGAAUAGCCGGGUGAAGUUUGCCAAGUCUGUCCCUCGCAAUGUCAACAAUGCAGUGUACAUGAUCCUGGAGGACUUUUGCACCACUGCCUACCAAACCAUGAACUUGGCUAUUGAUAAAUACUCUCUUGAUGUGGAAUCAGGUGAUCAAGCCAACCCUUGCAAGUUUCAGGCAUGCAAUGAAUUUUCUGAGUGUUUGGUCAACCCGUGGAGUGGAGAAGCAGAGUGCAGAUGCUACCCUGGGUACCAGAGUGUGAAGGAACUGCCCUGUCAGAGUCUCUGUGACCUACAGCCUGACUUCUGCCUGAAUGAUGGAAAGUGUGACAUUAUACCUGGACAUGGAGCUAUUUGUAGAUGCCGAGUGGGUGACAACUGGUGGUACCGAGGGGAGCAUUGUGAGGAGUUUGUGUCCGAGCCCUGGGUGAUUGGCAUCGCUGUUGCCUCCCUGGUUGGACUUCUUCUCAUCUCUUCUGCUGUUGUCUUCGUCCUCGUCAAGAUGCUUCAAGCUCAGUAUGUUAGGAGAGAAAGAGAGCGGCCCUUCCGCAGGCAGCCUGACAGCCUCUCAUCCAUUGAAAAUGCUGUGAAGUCCAACCCUGUGUAUGAAAGACGUGUGGUCGGACUUGAGCAGUGCAGGGGAGCCUAUCCUCAGCAUCCCUUCUGCAGCUCUGCAGGCGGAGAGGUGAUGGGCGGUCUGAGCAGGGAAGAAAUCAGACAAAUGUAUGAGAACAGUGAGCUUUCCAGAGAGGUGAGAAAUUUUGCUCUGCUGCUGCUGCUGCUGGGGGUGUGUGUGUAUGUGUGUGUGCGCGCACAGGCACGUACGUGGGCUUCAAGCAAGGAUGAAAAUGGUUUCAUGAUUGCUUUUUUGCCUUGUGAUAUCUCCCAGUUGACGUGGUAUGUAGAGGGUAUACAAUUCUGAGCUGUACCUUAUUCCCCACCUGGUGGUUUCUUGUUCUCUUAUUGGCAGAUGCCCUCUGUCCCCUCCCUCCCUUCCUUAGAAAUGUCUGUCGGAGUUAUUCAGAGCAGUUCACAUCGUAGCCAUACCUUCCGCCUCUCUGAAAAUGCCGUUGUUCCUUGUAGUUCUCCCUGGAUAGUCCGGAAAGCCACAAUUCCUUAUGAAAAUUAGAGCUCCUUUUAAAAGGCUGUUGAGAUUUUUCUAUUGCAAUGUAUGGCCUCUUUUUCUUUUCUUUUCUUGUUUUUUAAAGGAAAUUCAAGAAAGAAUGAGAAUUUUGGAACUGUAUGCCAGUGAUCCCAAGUUUGCAGCUUUUGUGAGACAACAUCAAAUGUAAGUGUAUGACAGCGCCCUGACGCAGGUCCUGACAGUCUGCCUUAGAGAGGGGCCACCAGUGUGGGCACGCAGUUCCUGCCACAUGACUGGGUUCUGUGAAAACCAGUUUCUAUGAAGAGCAUCUGAGUAGCCGUAAAUCCUCACAUAUUUCAACAUAUCCAUCCUCUUUCAUCUCUGUAGACACCUUUCAGUGUGCUUUGAAUUACACAGAUCUCAUUAAAGUGUGUCUCCUGCCUCUAUCAAUUUCCUCUUACGUUUCAUUCUGUCUCUCUCCAUUUGCUGUUCUUAGCAUGCACUUUGGGCAGGUGUCUGUAGUUUUUUUUCCUUUGUUUCCCAGGGUCCAUAACCAGACUUUACAAAAAAUAAACUGUCUUGUAAAGAGACCAUUAUGGGCAUUAGUUGAGUAGAGUGGGUGGGUUUAUAAUUUACCUUUGAUGUUUGGUCCUAAUGCUGCCCUCACAAGGGUGCCCCCUCGUGGUUGGGUCCCACCCAGGCCAGAUAUCUGCACCUGGCUUUUAGAAGAGAGCCAGAGCAACUCAUCAUUAGAAGGCAGUGCUCGUAGAUGAAAUUGGUGAAGGGUCUGGUUGGAGCCUCUGCCCCUUUCCUCCAGAUCCUGUUUCUCUGAUGGGCAGCCCCUCACUCGUGGUUCCUCUCUGAUAGGAAGGGGCAGAUUGACACGUAAAGAAACUGAGGAAGAUGCCUUUCUAGUUCUACGUGACUGGUGGAGAGUCCUUUAAAGAUCUCCGAGCAUCUGAUUGGCCCCCCCGGGGGUGCUGCCAACCUUGUUGAAUGCUGUCACAGCAAUACUGCAGGGAGUCUACCUUGUAAACCAGGACACCCGCUCGUCCCCGCAUCUCCAGCCAGCAGGUGGCCUGUGGCGUCACGUCGGUGGCACCCAAUAGAAAGAACAUGACUGAUGUUUUUGUCUUUCCUAAGACCCUUUAUGAGCCCUUCGGAGCCACUUGGCUGAAUGUGUUCCCUGAAUUAAAAAUGCAUCUCUUCUAGGCUAAGACAUCCAAAGAAAGGAUGCAGGAGAGCCUAAGGGACAGACAGAUUGACUACAUACUUCACUUUCUUCUGGUAAAUUGUGGUGCAUUAAAAUAAACAAAAAAAAUCCAUGUAACAAAGAAGAUUUAACCAAGAAGAUCCAGUGAAACAAAAGAAAGUCCACAGAGAGACUAUAACCUUAAGGGGGUCGUUCACCAAGGGGGCGUGGCGUUGAAACGUGUUAGAAACGUGUUAGAAACACAUCAUCCACACCACGUUUUCAGUUUCACUUAGGCUCAGAGUUUUCAUCUUCCAGUAGCCCAGGAAAAUAGUAAUGGACUCGAUUUAGGAUUCAGUAAAAGCAUUACUUGGUCUUUCUGGAGUGGAUUUUUUUUUCUUUUUACUUAGCAAAGCACAGGACUUUCUUGUAGAGAAAGAAAAUAGAAAGUAUUGGUGAUUUUAGGAACAUAGCUUGUUGAUGAUAUGUUACAACAAAAGUGCAUUUCAGUACUUUCUUGCUUUUUCGGUUAAUGGCUUUUUGUUUUUCUCAUGGCAGGGAAAAGCUUUAACCAAAACUCCUAUUUUGAAACUGGUGAGAAGCCGAGAGAAGACGGAGAUCACUUGUUACCUAUGUCAUGUAAUUAGCCUGGAUUUUGAACUCUGUUGGAAGAGGAGUUUUCUGUGAAAGAAUUGAAUUUGGGGCACAAUUUUUUUUUUGUAGCAUACAAUUUCAGAAUGUAGUAAGAGAUGUGAAAAUUUUUAUACCAACAAAGACCAAAAGCUGUAUUUAAGGAAACUCAAAACUGUAUGAGAAAAAAGCCAGGUGUGGGCGUUGGGGCUGCCUUUGCUGUCUGUUUCUGAGUGUCUGAGGGUGUCUCUUGAUGCCGGGGCCUCCGGUUUCCCAGCAGGAGGAUGAGGCGAGACUGUUACAGGGGACAGAGGCCUAGGAAGUGAGCGUCUCGUAGCCUGUUGGUUCUUGUCAGCUGGAAUGGCAAGCUUUGAAAUAGUUUUAACAUAGUUUAUAGUCAGACAUUUAUCUCAGUAAAAUAUUAAGGGUUUCUUUUGGAUCAAGCUGUUGAAGGAAGAGCCACCUUUUUGCUGCAGUAUAGAUUUAGGUGUGUACUUUAUGCUUCUACCAGAGGUUUGAAUUUCCUGAGCAUGUUCAUCAAGACCACAUUACUGUUAUGUCAAGUAUGAUAAUAUCCUGUUUUUAUCGUUGUGAAGGACAAUACAUAUGUAUAAAGUUCAGAGGGCUCUCAUUAGACUGAAGACGAAUUUAAUCAUGUGGACAGAGAAGGAGAGGGUGUUGGGUCAAGGCCACAGCGCUGAGAAUAUACUUUGCCGAUUGGUGGGUCACCUGAGUCCGAACAAUGUGUCCCCUGACUCUGCUUCUGAUGUUAAAGAGGUCCUGGGCGCACCCUUGCUUUUCUCUAGUUCCUAGUAUAUGAAUUUGGAAAACAGCACUUAACUACCUCAUAUGUUAUAGGUUAGCUUGUUUGCAUUGCUUCUGCUUUGUGUAAUAUCUCGUGUCUAAAUUAAUUUCUGCUUACAUGGAACAUGACAGUUUUAUUGCAAUUUAAAAAAAUUUUUAGUUAGGAAAAGUCCACAUCUUAUGUAAAUUUUAACUGAAAAUGGAAGUUUUCCUCUUUCCAAGUACUUUUUGAAUGGGUAGCUGUGGCAGGGGCAAGGAGAGAGCCAAAUAAUUAUCAUUAUUAAUAUUAAGUUGCAUAUGCAAAUAGGUUGUUAUUGACAGAGGUAUUUUAUAUUAGAUGUCUUCAUGUUAGCCAAAACCAUCUUGAACAUUUUGAUUUCUUUCUGACCAGACAUAACUAACCAGGGAUAGAUUGACAAUAAGAUGAAAUACUUGGUUCACUUAUUUUUCUCAACUUGUUGACUGCCAAUUUCACCCAUUAUGAGGACACCGAAAACUAAAUCUCUGGGCUGAGUACAUGCCACAGUAAAGCUAUUGAAAGCCUUGAAGAUAUCCAGGUGUUCUGCAAAGUAUGUAUGGGUAGUGGGAGUGUGUGUGUGUGUGUGUGUGUGUAGGUAGUUCUCUUAUCUCAGUAUUGUCUUUCAUUUCUUACUCACAUAAUAGAUUCUCUGUAAGUUCAGCAUAGGUACAAGCCGCUGCUGGGUUGUUUUCUACUGGGCCCAUUUGGAAGGUAAUUGAUAAUUGUCUUUAAAGCAUAUGAGUGUUAAUGACAUUUGUCACUACUAAAUGCUUCAUUUUAUUUCUAAGACUUCCUCAGAUUUCUCUUUAAGAUUUUAAACUUUUUUCCUAAACUUAUUUGUGUUAGAUGAAAAAGAAAAUUUGUUUUUAUCACAAAUGAACCCUAGAAUGCAAGCUUUUGCAUGUCUGCUUGCCGGCAGAGUUCUGGAUGAACAUAGAGAUGAAGGUCACCACAUGACACACUUAGGAGAAGCACCAGCUGAGCUGAAGGGGGAUUGUUGUUUUCCAGAAGCCAUGCAGUGAAGUGGGAAUUUGAGAAUUCUGACAUAUUGCUGUCUCUGAUUUCCUUUUGUGUGACCUUCUCAUGCAAGAGUAGAUCACUUAGGUCUUUAUGAGUGUCUGCCCCACGCCUGCUAAAUGGAAGAGUAAAGGAACUGUGCUCUCAGGGAGAGACCCGGGCCUCAGGUCAGGAACAAGACUCUUGCCCUGCCUCUGUUAAGCUGAACCCCUGUGAGAAACAUGGAGGAGGCAGAUUCCACAGUAAAGAUCCAUGAAGUGCACGUUUCAAGGUCUGAAAGAGCUAUCAUUCUGACAGGACAAGCUACCCCAAAGAGCUUCUCUUUAAAAGAGCUUUCCCCAAGGUAAUUUAAUGGCAGGUAGCCAUUUAAAAGGAUUAGGCUGUAUGAUUGAAGAAUGAAUGUUCCGGUUAUUAGGACAUUUUCAUUAACCUAGCAGUAUAAUAUUUAAUAAAAUUACCAUCUUAUUUAAAAACAAUAAAAUGAAGUUAGCACUAACAGUGCAUGGUAAAUAACUCUAACUUUUUGGGGAGGUACAUAAAGUGCUUUGGAGUCUUGUAGAUACAGCCUUAUAAUUGAGUGUCCAUACGUGAUUCUUAUUUUCCUGGGUUCUGGAUUAAAGGGGACUUUAUCUGAUAAGUGAAUAGGACUCCAUUUCCACCAUGACAAUGUUAGGGGUAUUCGUUCACAUUUUGUGCCCUAAAGUCCCACUACUUUACCUAAUAAAACAAGUGUGGGUUUACCUGAUUUUAUUCCCACCUCGUCUUUGUUUUUCCUCUGCAGUCUAGUCUCCAGGGGUUGGCUGCUCCCCUCCUCCCUCCUUCUUGUCCACAUAGUGAAUUGUAAUGUAGUUGAACAACCCUGACUUCAUAUUACUUCUGACCAAAAGAUGGAAACUGCACAAAUAUUCUUUGUAGGCUCUAAAAAUAUCUUGCUCGAAUGUGACACCUGGGCUGGUUAUUCAUCUGCAUGCUUGUUUUCUAGGUUUGCCUUCCAUUUCAUGAUUCUUAGGUAGCUGGUAUCUUUGUGUCAUUUCCAUGUUUUCAAUCUAUCAGCCUGUGAAUUGAAUUUCCAUUUUGAAAUGGGGAAGGAAGGCAACAAAUUUAUUCCAUAAGGAAACAGCUGAUUUAGGAGAAUAACUUAUCUUUCUUAAAUUGAGAUAUUUUAGCCAAGAAAAAUAUGGGUCAUUUUUUUUCUAAGAUGUUUCUAAUAAUUCCCAGUAGGAACGGGUGGGGCUAGCCUUCCUCAUUUACAGUCCAGCUGCAAUGAGUCAUGGAUCCUAGCUCAUUUUAUUCCCAGGUGUGUAAUAAAUGCAGAAAAAUGGUGUGAAGGUCACAUUCCUCAGAUCAAUUGCAUUGUGUUCCACAACAGAUCCUGGUUGGAGUUGGGAAGGUGGGAGGGUAUUGGAAAGUAAUAGAUAAUUUAAAGAGUCUGCCUGGAAGUUUCCCUGACUCUUGCAUGUUGUAAAACCUCACACUACUCCUAUGAUUUAAUAAAGACACAGGUUAAACCACUCCCUUGGGGUAGUAAGACACAGGUUAAAGCCCUACCCUCAGCCGCACAAUUACGGCGACAGCCUGGGUGGAAUGAUUCCUCAUGCUGGCUUUUUUUCUCUCACUUAUAUUUAAUUACGUUUUUAGAGAUUAAGGUCAUAAAUAGAAAAGAAGUAACCAUGAUAUCAGAGAAUAAAUUUAUAACUAUUUGUAUAUCAUGACUAUGUGAUGAUUCUGAAACGAUUGUGUACAUACAUAAUAUAUGUUCAAUAUGGAGUAUGGAGAGUGAAGGGCUUGUCUUUUUCAUUGUGUUUAUAAUGAUAUUUUACCCAAAGUAUGGAUCAGAUAAGUUUAUGUUACUGUACUGUUUCCUGAAAUGUUCUAGUCUUAGUACUAGCUAAUUAGAAAUAAAAAUCUAAAAGUCUUCAUGUA